AUGAUGAUAAAAUAUAACUUUAUAACUCUUUUGUUGUUGUUGCUAACAAUCAAUGGAUUCAUAAUCAUAUCCUCUUCCUCACCAUCUCAUUCCACAACUUUGGAUAACAGUAAAGAUUUAACCAAAGAUCACUUCCUGUUCUUCCAACAACCACCAUCAUCAUCACUGUCUAUAAAAGAUAUCACAACAAAUUCAUUUGCAGUAUCCUCUACGCCUUCCUCAUCCUCCUCCUCCUCCUCUCAGAUAUUCUACUCAUUACAUACAUAUACGAUAGAUAGUAUCGAUGAUCUACUUCAUAUUGAUACCAUCGAACCAGAGAUAAAGUCUAUCAAGAUCCAUUUGAACCAAAACACCAACAAAAAUGGACCGUUGUUGCCACUAUCAGAACAAAAUGAUAAAGAUGAUGAACAACUAUUCCCAUCGACAAUGUUGCCAACAUUGACAAUUGUCGUAUCCUAUGAUAAAGGAUCAGAUAAUGUAAAGAUGGAGUCCUACUCGACAGUCAAACAACUUUCCUUUAAUAUUAGUGUUGCUCUCUGUAACAUUCUAAAGCCAGUUGUCGGGUUGGAUCUUCAACCACUUGAUCAAAGAUCAUUGCUCCCAAGUCUUGUCAACAUGGGGCUUAUGCCCAGCAAUAUCAUUCCUCCCAACUUUGUCAAUGCCCAAUUUGACAAUGAUCAAACCUUCAAGACUGCAGAAAAGGUACGUUUCCUUCAAUCAAUCGUACAGUCCAAAGACUUUAAACUUGGUGGUUGGUUUGAAUUUCUUUCAUCAACCAGCUCGGGUGAAAUGGAUCAAUUUGUCAACGCUGGCAAGCUUCCAUUCCCAAGCAUCAGAGUAUCAAAAAACCAAAGAGCUGGUGCAAAUAUUUUGGGAACUCAAGUGGUCAUUGAAAGAAGUGGAAAUAAUAGACUCAAGAUCAAGUUUACAGAAUUGUUGGAAAUCACCAUCAAAGAAGAAAGAUUAUUAAUGACCACAAACAACAAGAAACCAAUUUCCGUUCAAACAACGGCAGCUGUAAUCAAUGCUAAAAAUGGUGAAUAUGUAAGCCAACUAUAUCCCAUUUCAAAUAGCGUUGCAUCUAGUACAACGACGGUCAUUAAAGCAAAAGAAAACACAACAAAACAUUCGAGUGCCACCUUUUUAGAAAGAUCUAUUAAAAAGCAAGGAUUUCACAGGGACUUGUUUAGCAGCCUAAUGAUAAACACUCCAAAUAACCAGCAACAACAAUGUAAACUAUUGUUGCUCGAACAUUUUGAUGAAGGAAUUUUCGUUGACCAGUACGAGGUUGACGAAAUCCAUAGAUUUGGAGGAUCGGAUGUUCGUAUUUAUCAACUCAUUGACCUCGAGAAACCAUCCUAUACAUCAACUCAAAAUUACAUCUCCUCAAUCACUCUAUUCAACCCUUCAACCACCACCGCCGCCACCAUUGUCAAUGUUACACUUCCUAUUCAUCUUCGAUAUCAAAACCCAAGCAGAGCACCCUUUAGAAUUGCCAAAAUAUCUUCUCCACUCUUGUUUGUACAAUGCAACAACCAAGACAAAUGGACUCUUGUUCAACAACAACAAUCAUCUGUCCAUUCCAACAUUGACAUUGAAGUUCCUGUCGGACAAUUGGACGUUAGAAGCAGUAUUGGGUUCUAUACAUUAUUGUUUACUAUCAUUGGCUCCUUGGUAGUUGUUUUUACAAUCGCCAUUGUUAGAUCAAAAGGUUCUAGCAAUUCGAAAUCAACAAAAAAUAAAUAA